GUACAGUAAGUCAUGAAGACAAGCGGCAGUGGCAAUCAUUCACCCUGUAAACUGCCCGUCUCUAAUAGAUGCACCUAAUGUCCUCGUGCUCAGACUGUUACUCAGGCGGAGACCUGACUUUCAGAGCGAAAGAAUGCGAGGAGGAGUGCGAGGCUGAGCCUCUGCCGUCCACAGGAGAGCCCCGAGGGAGAGCAGCGCCCACUCCCCUGGAUCACGAUACUGACAUCCAUCUAACAUCGGGUCUGGAGGCUGGGCUGCACUGGCCCGGCUUCGCGAUCGGCCGUGCUGGACUCUGGGGGUGCUGCACAGAAGAUGAGGACUCAGAGGUGCCCGAACAGUUCAUGGUCCCCGCGCGCCCAGGCAGCGCGUCCUUUUGCUUCCAGGAGCACAGCCAAAACGGGACAACUCCACUCGCCUACAUCAGUUCCCAAAGUUUUACUGCGUCUCAGGGCAACUGUUCAGAGGGCGCGUCUCGCUCACAGGACACGAGGGGUGUAGUUAUUAACACGUUCGACUGGAUGAGGGCUAAAAGAAAGGACACACAAAGUUGCUCACUGGCGUGUGAAUUAACCAGAACCGCUACUGCGCGCACAAGCUUCACCACCCAGCAGCUGACCGAGCUGGAGAAAGAGUUUCACUUCAACAAAUACAUCAGCAGGUGCAGAAGGGCCGAGAUAGCGAGGAACCUGCGCCUGAGCGAGACGCAGGUGAAGAUCUGGUUUCAGAACAGACGGAUGAAGCAGAAGAAGAGAGAGAAGGAAGGCCUGAUGCCCCGCUGCUCCAGCCCGGACUCCCUGCCCCGCGCGCACCUCCUGUUGCGCGAGCUGCCGCCGAAAAAGUGCCUCUGUGCUUGAAUUGAACUCAUUCAAACUUUCCUGCCACUGAGCAGAAUGCGUCCUCUCAGUUACUUGC